CCUUGCCUGGAAGCACCCUUGGAACCGCUUAUGGGAAGAACUGAGCCUGGCCGAAGACCGCAUCCCAGGGGAGGGAAGACGGAGGCCAGGGGCCAGGUCACAGGAGGAAGUGGCCAUCACCAUGGACACCAGCCCGGACCGGUCCUUCUUCCCCGGCAAUCACUGGCUCUACUUCUCCGUGUACCUCUUCACCUUCCUCGUGGGGCUCCCCCUCAACCUGGCGGCCCUGGUGAUCUUCGUGGGCAAGCUGCGGCGCCGCCCAGUGGCUGUGGACGUGCUCUUGCUCAACCUGACGCUCUCAGACCUGCUCCUGCUGCUCUUCCUGCCCUUCCGCAUGGUGGAGGCGGCCAACGGCAUGCGCUGGCCCCUGCCCUUCAUCUUCUGCCCCCUCUCCGGAUCCCUCUUCUUCACCACCCUCUACCUCACCUCCCUCUUCCUGGCAGCUGUGAGCAUCGAACGCUUCCUCAGCGUGGCCUACCCGCUGUGGUACAAGGCCCGGCCGAGGCCGGGACAGGCCGGCCUGGUCAGCGGGGCCUGCUGGCUCCUGGCUGCCGCUCACUGCAGCGUGGUCUACGUGAUGGAAUUCUCCGGGAAGGCCACCAAUGGCACCUGCUACCUGGAGUUCCAGAAGGACCAGCUGGCGAUUCUCCUGCCCGUCAGGCUGGAGAUGGCUGUGGUCCUUUUUGGGGUGCCCCUGCUCAUCACCAUCUACUGCUACAGCCACCUGGUGUGGGUGCUCAGCAGAGGCACCAACCACCGGCGGCAGAGGAGGGUGGUUGGGCUCGUGGUGGCCACGCUGCUCAACUUCCUCGUCUGCUUUGGGCCCUACAACGUGUCCCACGUCGUGGGUUACAUCCAGGGUGAAAGCCCGGCGUGGAGAAGUUACGUGCUGCUCCUCAGCACCUUGAACUCCUGCGUCGACCCGCUUGUCUACUACUUUUCAUCCUCUGGGUUUCAGGCUGACUUUCAGGGGCUGCUGAGGAGGCUGACGGGGGCCUGGGGCCCUUGGAGGCAGGAGGACAGCAAGCAACUGAAGGACAAGAAUGAGGAGGGGCAGCCGGGGGAGCUGUCCAACGUAGAGAACAGAAGGGAGACUCCUGGAGGGCUGUGGAGCAGGCUGGGCUGCCAAGGGGCCUGGCGGGGGCUCUCGUAGCUCAAGUCGGGCAGGACCGGGGAGCAGGGGGCUGGGGACUGACGUGACUGAGCACCAGGCUGUGCUCACCCAAGCCCAGGUCUCGGUCUCACCCAACUGCCCUCGCUUCCCAUCCCCUGCCUCCUAGGGAUUCAGCCCUGGGAAACAGGAGGAGGGCGGGCACCAGAGAAGCGGGAGCCCCCACGGCCAGCUCCUGGGCUUUCCUUAAGGUGACGGAGGAGGAAUCGACAGCAGUGACGAAGGCCUGAGAGGUGUGCCAGGCAGUGGAAGAAGCCACCCUUCAGAGCUGUUCCUACCCAGCAGGGUGAGAGUGGGGACACAGGCCAGGCUUCAGGGAGCAUCCUGCUCUCACAGAAGGUUCCCAUUGUUCAGUAAAUUCAGACUUUUAGGGACAUUUAUGAAAAAUUACAGUAGAAAAAUUACCAAUAAAUUUGGUAGCAAGCAAAA